CCAUUACAGUACCAUCAUCCAUGCAUCCACCCACCAUCCAUCCGACGACGACGGUGAGGCCCAUGUCCUGUUCGCCCUUUGUCCUCUUCUUCUUUUUCGUUCUUCAUUCUUCCUUUUCUUCGCCUGCAUGCUUGCCUGGGAUUGCGUUCCGCUUCCUCCUGUUCUGCUGCUCCAUGUGCUUUUUCCAUAUUAACCCCCAUCGUCAUCCUCCCUGCAAUCUUCCCGCAACCCAUGUCUUCACACUUACGUAUAUACGCCUACGUCCAUUUACAUCAAUAUGAAGACACACGCUCAGGCCUGCAGCCCAGUACCUGCGUUUGCAUGUGAAGCCCCGGCGUUGCAACUCAUUCAUACAUCAUCUCAGCUGUAGCGCACACGACCCGGUAACACACAGAGAGAGAGGGAGCGCAAGAGUCAUUUUCGUGCAUGCAUGCAUGUACUGGACCGAUGCUCCAUAGCACUCGUCGAUGGAUGCUUGGGAUUCCAUGUACGUGCAUUCACGCACACACACAGCCUACGGUAAUUAGCACCAGACCGAUGCAAAGAUGCCGCGACCGGGACUUGGGUAAUCCCAGUGCCAAACGGCAAUCCUCUCUGGCCCGUCUCUCGUUUGGGGCAACGAUUCGCCAAUGACGCACCACUGGUCCUGCAGAAGCAAUCGGAAUCGGUCGCCCUGGUGGGAGCUGAAGGCUGCCAUCCGCUUCUGUUCAUCACAUACGGGGCUGCUCAAGCCUGCUUCGUACACAAUCUCUGCCGUUGAUGGGCAGUACUUCCCUGGACAAGGCUAAAUGCGUCCACACCAAACGUCAUGGCAUCUCGUUUCCAGCCCGGGCCAGCCCACUUCGAGACGUCUACACUAUACGAUCCACUCCCGCUCUGAAUUCGGCCGAAAAGCUACCACAGAAAACCCCCGAGCAUCCAUACAGAAACUUGUUACGCAGCAAAGACCUCGAGACGAGUUGGAGCCAACCAAGCAAGAUGGAAAACUCUUCGCUUGGUCCCUUUGCCCAACCCUAUUGACCCUCUCGACCCUGUUUACUUUUAUUUUUAUUUUUCUCUCCUUCUUGCCUUUGCCUUCUGGCCCGUUCUUCUCUUUCUAUUCUCCGCCGCCACGGCUCACUCGAUAGCCGCGUCUCAGAAUCUGGCUCUUGCUCUUACAUUUGGUCGCAUGCGCAGAAUGCCCAAAGCACUGACAAUGCAGGCCGGCCGACAUGUUUGAUGGCCUGGCAGCACCCCAAGUGGAGAAGGCAUUAGCAAUGGCCUCUCUAGCCACUCGGCCCUCAGCCAACCACGGCUCGUCUUCGCUACUCCACUUUCUGCCCACCUUCUAGAAGGCCAGCCGAGAGCAACUUGAUACAAAUCGGCCUUCCUUACAAAGGAACCCCCGCCAAGUGGGCCUGGCAACAAGUUCCCACCUUCCUGAAGCCGCACGUUGCCCACGCAAUCUCUUGAGCGACCAACUGCUGCAGGGUCUCCAAAACCACAUGGGAAGUCCAAAUGGGCUCCAUCGUCCGUCCCGUCUUUUUUUUUCCCUUCCUGAGCACGUGUGCAUCUGCGCACAUGCCCACCUCCGUCUCCAUC